CCUGACACUCCCAGGCGCAGGCUUGUGUCCUACGCUCCGCCCCUCCCUGUUCUGAUACCAAAGGCUGAGGAGUUUCCGGUUUCCGCUUAGAUGCAAGCCAUUCUGCAGCAAAUUCCUGAAGGCCAGACUUGAUUCUUUCCUUGCCUGAGCGCUUUCUUCCCUUCAUCUCGUACAUUUGAAAUUUUCUUUGACCUCUGAAGACUUGUGUUGCCUGAGGAAGCCCUGAAGUUGAGGAAGAGGACAGAAAAGGAGUCAGGCAUGGCUCUUUCUCAGGAACAACUGACCUCUGAGGAUGUGGCCAUCAAAUUCACUCAGGAGGAGUGGGAAUUCCUGGACCCUGCUCAGAGGGCCUUGUACAGGGAUGUGAUGCUGGAGACCUACAGGAACCUGCUGUCUGUGGAUAUCUCUCCUACACAUGUGAUCAAGCAUUUACAACCCAAAGCAAACAGUGAUAAACGAGAACCAUUCCAAACAUUGAUGCUGGGAAGAUCUGAAAGCUGUGAAAUCAAACAUUUUCAUCUUUUGGAAAGUCAGGAAAACAUGUGUGACUUUGAGUGUCAGGGGAGAGAUGACAAAAGAAAUCACAAAGGAACACCUGUAAGCCUUAAUGGAAAUGUGCCUGAUGGAAGAGAUUCACAUUAUAGAAAGGAUGCAGGAAUCAAGCCCUUUGGAAACAGGCUUGGGUUUAACUUUCAGGAAAAACUGCAGAUAUUUCAAACUGGCAGGACAAUUUCUGAAUAUAAUGAGGUUGAGAGGUCUGUCAACAACAGUUUGUCAUUUUCACCACUUCAAAGAAUUCCUCCUUGUGUCCAAACCAGUGUUUCUAAUAUAUAUGGGAAUGAUUUUAGGAAUCUUUCAGUAAUAACACAAGACCUCAAAGCACACAGGGAAAAACCUUACAAAUGUGAUGAGUGUGGGAAAGCCUAUCUUAAGGACUCAUACCUCAUUAAACAUCAGGCCAUCCAUACAAGAGAGAAACUACAUAAACAUGAAGUCGGUGACAAAUUGUUUGCUCAAAGUUCACAGCUUGCACGUCAUUUGAAAAUUCAUUCUGAAGUGACAUGUUACAAAUAUAGUGAGUGUGGCAAAACCUUUACUGAUAGCUCACACCUCAGGAGACAUCAGAAAAUUCAUCCAGGAGAGAAACUAUUUAAAUGUGAUAUCUGUCACAAAGUCUUCAGUCAAAAUGCAUACCUUGCUGUUCAUCAGAGGGUUCAUACUGGAGAAAAACCUUACAAGUGUGAUGAGUGUGGCAAGGCCUUUCGUGUAAAGUCAAUCCUUUUAAGGCAUCAGACAGUUCAUACUGGAGAGAAACCUUACAAAUGUGAUGAGUGUGGCAAGGCCUUUACUGAUAGCUCAAACCUCAGGAAACAUCAGAAAAUUCAUACAAGAAAGAAAUUAUUUAAAUGUGAUAUACGUGACAAAGUCUUCAGCCAAAAUGCACACCUUGCUGGUCAUCAGAGGGUUCAUACUGGAGAAAAACCUUACAAAUGUAAUGAGUGUGGCAAGCACUUUAGUCAGCUUUCACAGUUGAUAAGUCAUAAGAGAUUUCAUGCUGCAGAGAAACCUUACAAAUGUGAUGAGUGUGGCAAGGCCUCUCGUGACAAGUCAACCCUUUUAAGUCAUCAGAGAGUUCAUACUGGAGAGAAACCUUACAAAUGUGAUGAGUGUGGUAAGGCCUUUCGAGUAAAGCCAGUCCUUUUAAGGCAUCAGAAAGUUCAUACUGGAGAGACAUCUUACAGAUGUGAUGAGUGUGGCAAGGCCUUUUGCCUAAAGUCAGUCCUUUUAAGGCAUCAGACAGUUCAUACUGGAGAGAAACCUUACAAAUGUGAUGAGUGUGGCAAGGCCUUUCGUGAAAAGUCAACCCUUUUAAGUCAUCAGAGAGUUCAUACUGGAGAGAAACCUUACAAAUGUGAUGAGUGUGGUAAGGCCUUUCCUGUGAAGUCAGUCCUUUUAAGGCAUCAGAGAGUUCAUACUGGAGAGAAACCUUACAAAUGUGAUGAGUGUGGUAAGGCCUUUCGUGUAAAGUCAGUCCUUUUAAGUCAUCAGAGAGUUCAUACUGGAGAGAAACCUUACAAAUGUGAUGAGUGUGGUAAGGCCUUUCGUGUAAAGCCAGGCCUUUUAAGGCAUCAGAGAGUUCAUAGUGGAGAGAAACCUUACAAAUGUGAUGAGUGUGGCAAGGCCUUUCGUGUAAAGCCAGUCCUUUUAAGGCAUCAGACACUUCAUACUGGAGAGAAACCUUACAAAUGUGAUGAGUGUGGCAGGGCCUUUACUGACAGCUCAAACCUCAUGAGACAUCAGAAAAUUCAUACAGGAAAGAAAUUAUUUAAAUGUGAUAUAUGUGACAAAGUCUUUAGCCGAAGUGAUCACCUUGCUGGUCAUCAACGGGUUCAUUCUGGAGAGAACCCUUACAAAUAUAAUGAGUGUGGCACGCACUUUAGUCAACCUUCACAGUUCAUAAGUCAUAAGAGAUUUCAUACUGGAGAGAAACCUUACAAGUGUGAUGAGUGUGGCAAGGCCUUUCAUGCAAAGUCAACCCUUUUAAGGCAUCAGACAGUUCAUACUGGAGAAAAACCUUACAAAUGUGAUGAGUGUGGCAAAGCCUUUCGUGUAAAGUCAACACUUUUAAGUCAUCAGACAGUUCAUACUGGUGAGAAACCUUACAAAUGUGAUGAGUGUGGAAAAGUCUUCGGUCAAAAACCACAUCUUCGCCUUCAUUGGAGAAUUCAUACUGGAGAGAGACCUUAUAGAUGUAAUGAGUGUGGCAAGUUCUUCAGUCGAAAUUCACACCUUACAAGUCAUCGGAGAAUACAUAUAGAGAAACCUUUCAAAUGUUUCGAGUGUGGAAAAUCCUUCACUCAGGUCUCAGCACUCACUAAACAUCAGAAAAUCCAUACAUGAGAGAAACUUAUGUGAAUGUGGUAUAUGGUAGAAGUCUUCAAAAUUCAAAGUUCAAACUUCACACCCUAGUUUUGGUCAGAGAAUUCAUACUACUGAGAAACCAUACAAAUAUGAUGAGUGUGGCAACAUCUUAGGCUUCAUGGGAAAAUUCAUACUGGAUAGAAGCCAGAUAUAUAUGUGUUUAUUAGUCAGGUUAGAACAUGUCAGGUAGAACAUGAAUUCAUUCUGGAAAGAUUCCUCACCAAUUUCACAAAUGUGAAAGAAAAAACCCUAUCCUCACAGCUCACAUCUCGCCAGUAGCAUCAGAGUAUUUAUCCUGGAGAAAACACACAGCAAUGUCAAGUGUGUGGCAAGGAUCUUACCCCAAAGUCACAAGAUAGGAACAUAGUGGAGCCAUACUUCCCAGACUCAGUGGUUGUGGCUAGUCCUUUACCUUUUUCUAUGUAUUCUCUGAUGACUUUAGUUCAGGUACUCAGCCACUGGAGUAAGCCUAUAUUUGCAGAGAAGCUAUAUAGAUCUUUUUGUGUAAAAGAAACCCGAAUUCUAACUCAGCAAAGAUGAUUCUUUGGGACAGUAAUCCACCAUCUUUUUGGUCUCUUGGCUUUCUGAAUAAAGUCACUAUUCCUUGCCCAACAAAUA